GGCGGUGGAAGUGGUGGAGAGGAAAGUGGAAGGGGGAGAGCCAGGCGGAGUAAAGGUCUCUGCCGCCGAAGCCCCGCGUUGGGGCGUGACAGUAGUCCCGAAAGGCCUAGCCCCAGUCGGCUGGCAGCACGGGUGAGAGGGGGCUGCGAGAGAAUGGUCAGCCAGGUAGGGACAGAGGAGCCAAGCGGAAGACCCGGGCUGGGGAGCGCGGCUUCAUCCUGAUGCCCUGACCCGAGGGCGGCUGCCUGGGACUUCAUCUUUUUCUUCUGUAAGCUGUCACCAUGACCCUGACAAAAGGUUCUUUCACCUACUCCAGUGGGGAGGAAUAUCGUGGAGAGUGGAAGGAGGGCCGCAGGCAUGGUUUUGGUCAACUGCUGUUUGCAGAUGGUGGGACCUAUCUGGGUCAUUUUGAGAAUGGGCUCUUUAAUGGCUUUGGGGUACUGACCUUUUCAGAUGGUUCAAGGUAUGAGGGGGAGUUUGCCCAGGGCAAGUUUAAUGGCGUCGGAGUCUUCAUUCGGCAUGACAACAUGACCUUUGAGGGGGAAUUUAAAAAUGGUAGAGUAGAUGGUUUUGGCCUGCUGACUUUCCCUGAUGGUUCUCAUGGAAUACCCCACAACGAAGGUCUAUUUGAGAACAAUAAGCUGCUGCGGAGGGAGAAGUGUUCUGCGGUAGUUCAGUGGGCCCAGAGUGCCUCCAAGUCCGCCAGAAAUCUCACUGCUUGAUGAGGCAGUGGGCACAGCUGGAAUAGUGUCAGUAAAGCCCAUGACCACCUGAGAUGAACAGAAUGAACCAGAUUUCAGAUGAGAUGAGGAUGACCACGGAGCCGAAGCCUGUGAUGUGCCCCAUCACCUGCCAAUCAGCAAUUUGAUCACAGAAAGUGCUAAGGAUUUUGGCCCAAAGACCCCUCAGUGGUUAGCAGUUCUGUCUUUUCUUGAUGCUUAUUUGCUGAAGACAGGAGCUGUGUUUUCUUACUUGUCGACAUUUCCUGUUCCUGAGACCUGGGGUUACCCAGUACAGAGUGGCUGCAGCCUUCACUCCAUUUACUGCCAAGUGAUUCAGAAUGUCCUCAUUCUGCCUAUGUUUGGGGCACAUGACCCUAGCCCCCAUAGGGCCAAUGCUGUGUGCUGCCCUGGCAAAAUGAGGUACAAGAUAGACAGUACAGUGACCCUGUGAAAGUCGGGCCAGAACUUCUCUGUACAUGAGCCCCUCAUUCAGUGCAGUUUGAAUCCUGACUCCAGGCUCCAACUUUGUCUGAUCAGACUAGUCUUUGUGUCUGCUUAUUUCCCCUGUGAAGGAUCUGGUAAGAGUGUUGUUUUCUUCUUUCUUGACUUUACAAGUCAUGUUCCUUACCUGAGUUAGGGCAUAUAAUCCAAUCUCCAUUUGUGUCUCUCCGUUCUUAGAGUCUAUCAGAGAGAAUUCCUUUGUGGCAUAGUCAAGAAAGAAACUGAUGUAAUAGUAACCUCAUAAGUUGUAUUCAUUACU